AGCCAAUUCAUUGUAGUAUAUAUACGUAGCAUCAGCAAUAUUCAGCACUAGCGUGGUCAUUGAAAAUUAAGCAAGUUUGUCAGGAAAAUCCCAUCCCAAAACAGAAAUGGCAUUCGAACAGAAAAGAGAAGAACUUGACGCAAAGGCAAGGCAGGGAGAGACCGUGGUUCCAGGAGGAACUGGGGGAAAGAGCCUUGAAGCCCAGGAGAACCUUGCUGAAGGACGGAGCCGAGGAGGGCAGACGAGGAAGGAGCAGUUGGGACUAGAUGGGUACCAGGAGCUGGGAAGCAAAGGAGGACAGACGAGGAAGGAGCAGAUAGGACACGAGGGGUAUCAGGAGAUGGGCCGCAAAGGCGGACUCAGCACCACUGACAAGUCUGGAGGAGAGCGUGCUGCUGAGGAAGGCAUCGAGAUUGAUGAAUCCAAAUUCAGGACUAGGGACCGCUAAUAACUACAUGUAAACAAAAUGUUUUAAGGAGUUCAGGCUGGGCUUUGCGUUUUGUUUCUUCAGGCCGUCUUUGUUGAUAAGCCAGGUGUCUAAUAAUGACAGUCAUGUAUUAGUGUGUCUAGGUGUUUUUUUUGGAUAAAUGGUACUCUUAGGAUGUCGGUUUUUUGGGGACCGUUACUGCCUGUUUUUGUAUGUUAAUUUAACAGUUUGUUAUAUCA